AUAUAAAUACUAAAAAAAUGAAUUUUGAGAUUAUCGCCUUUUUUUUGUUUAUGUAAUCAGACAUGACUACCCAUUACUAACACCACAAGCUGAGAUUUUUUUUCUUUAGGAUGAAUUUAUUUUAAAACUGUAGCCCACUCUCUAAAGCUGCGCGCCUCUAUUAAAUAUAAAAGGACCUCGCGCCAGUGAAGUCGAUAUCGGAAUAUCUCAUGUCACGUGAUCACGCGCAUGAGUGAUUCAUCGGUUUCUUGCCGGCCUUUCGUAUUUAUGUUACAAGGCCGUUUAAGGAUUCAAAGAAAAAUGCUCUGGUUUGGAUUAAUAUUGUUAUUUCUGGCUGUAAAUGUGGAAGGAAAAGCUCUGUCCCACCGACAUAGGCACCAUAAAGCCCAUCACAGGAAAGGGACGUCUCUUCGCUCUCUUGUCACGCGAUUUAGCGUACCGAACAACGUGACGACAAAUAAGAAAAGCUGUGUCUAUGAAGGGGAGAUCCGAAUGCACGGUGAUGCUUGGUCACCAGGCCCAUGUAUCCCAGAAUGCCACUGUUGGAAUGGUAAAGUGAAAUGUGCGAAUUUGGAAUGCCCGGAUUUAAACUGCGCUAGAUCCAUCAAGAAGAAAUACAAGUGCUGUCCAGAAUGCCCGCCAGAGGCCCACAACGGUGCCUCAUGCGGAGUAAGAACCAUUGGGGGUAACGCUAACACCACCUGCUGCAACUUCCCGUUCAAGUUCCAAGACGUCCUGUACUACACAUGCACUUACAUGCAUAAUAACAAGCCUUGGUGUGCAGUCACCGCCGACUUCGAUCGGGACGGUGUCUGGGGGGAGUGUGUAGAUGAUGAUGACGAAGGGGGCAAGUCUGGUGAAAAAAUCAAGAGCGAUGAAAAAAGCGGGAAGACAGGGCCAGUUCCGACGUGGGUACAGAAAAUGAUAUCCUUGAAUAGAGUUGCUGAUCACACUAAUCAGACAAGCACCAACCAGACAGCCAGCCAAGUAAUUAACUCAGCGUGGUCCAAGAAUACAACAGGGAAUGCAAAAGCUACAAAACAAACCGAUAACACUGCGACAAAUAACUCAUUUAAUCCAGGCACAGCCAGGCUGGAGACAUUACCGCAGCAAAAAGGAAACCAAAAUAAUUUGCCGCCUGCUGAAGGGCAGGCUAGCAGUGUCGCACCAAGACCAGUAGGGAAUCCGACACAAGCAUCUAUCGCACCCUCGUCGGCAAAUAACAUAGGACUCGUAUCCCCAUCUAGUGUGAUCACAGCGCCGUCCAUGCCUUAUCUGUCCAAAGUCGUCCAAAGUGCACUAAACAGCGUCUUCCCGACUCCCACAACAGCAGCACAAACCAUAAACGUAAACAUAACCACAGUACAAAACACGAAGCCUCUCGCUUAUGCCCCGGUUCUUGCAAGACAAGAUGAUAACGUUUUAAAACCUGCCCUGAUGCCGUUCCAGCCAAGUACUUACGUUCUUCAAACGGUGACAGUUCCUCUCCCUAACGCCGGGUUUAACGUCCCACCUACUAGUAUCGGCGCAGGACACGCCGUAGGGGGACCACCACCGGACGAGGCCGGGACACUUAUUCCCGGACAAAAGCCUAAUGAGCCUGUACUUACGAAGCAAAUACCUCCAGGUUCUCCUAAGUAUAAGGGACCACCUAGACGCCCAGGAAUCCAUCUCCCAAUUCUAGAGAGGUUUAAACCGCUCCCACCACAGAUAACGGAGGCGAUUCAGCAGAACAAAGUAGAUGAGAUGAAUGAGCUGAAACCACAACAGCAGAAGCAGCAAGAGCAACAGCAGCAACAGCAGCAGCAGCAGCAGCAGCAGCAGCAGCAGCAGCAGCAACAGCAGACACCUGCUUCGAGAGAACAGCCAGUUGCUUCGAGAAAACAGCCAGUUGCUUUUCCAGCCCAGGUAGCUAAAGUAAAGGGGUCCAGUGGUGUUCCUGUUGUCCACAAGCCCGGAGAAACUUUUGACCAGGUACAAAAUUGGCCUGUCGCUACUGCUGCGCCAAUCGUGUGGCCCAACCUUACAGCCCCAUGCAAUGGUAACCCUCAGCCAAAUCCUGGCUGCUAUGUCCCGACCCCAGCCCCUACAACGACCCCAUGGGUGUGGCCGAACGCGACUGCACCUACCGCUACUACACCCAGUGGAGGUGGGAACGAGACAGCCCCUACCGCUACUCCACCCAGUGGAGGUGGGAACGAGACAGCCCCUACCGCUACUCCACCCAGUGGAGGUGGGAACGAGACAGUCCCUACCGCUACUAUACCCAGUGGAAGUGGGAACGAGACAGCCCCUACCGCUACUAGUGGAGGUGAAGGUGGCAACGUCACAGUCCCUACGAAGCCUUCCAUCAACACAACGAUGACACCACCGCCAUAUGUUUGGUUUAACGCUACGGAAGCUCCUUUAACGGAUACGACGACAUUAGCUCCAGUGUGGCCAAACACAACAGCACCGCCUCCUACACCAGCACCUCUCGCAUGGGAAAACGCGACCGAGGCACCAAUUCUUGGUCCAGGGGUGGUUGCCGACCCUAAAAACCCAGACAACUCUCAAACACUUGGUCUUCUACCGCAGUAUGCUCCAGCUAAAGGACCAACAGGCUACAAUGAACCAGAGAACAACGGAAAUAAUACUCGCAUUGAAGGGGGCACACAGACUGACAACGGCACACAGGCUACGCAGAGCAACGACACGAAGGUCAAUGACAUGGCUAGUAAUACACAGGCAGAUACGGCAAGCUCUUCGGUCUACCCUGAACCAGCUCCAGCCUACCCAAUCCCUGAACCGGCACAAGACUACCCCAGCCCUGCCCAAGCCUACCCUAGCCCUGCACCAGCUUACCCCAGCCCUGCAUCAGUUUACCCGAGCCCUGAGCCCCCUGCCGCAUAUUCCAGCCCUGAGCCGGUACCUGCCUACCCAAACCCCGCCCCUGCCUAUCCUGAGCCCCCUCAAUCUUCAGCACCUGCUCCUGCCCCAGAACCUUAUCAAGACCCCUAUCAAGCUACGUACGCUGACGACGCAAAUACGGCUUCGCGCUACCAAUAUGAUAGCCGCUACGCACAACAGUAUAAAACGGCCGAGCUGGCGAGAAAACAGGCUGAGGACUAUAAUAAGUACCUAGAAGAGUUCUAUAAAAGCUAUAGAGGCUAGAUAGAGGCAGUAAUUCAAAGACUUUGGACUAUUAGUCCAUAGAAACGUUGCAUUUAGGCGGAUUAAGACAGCACGAUUUAGUCGUAUGCGGCUUACGACAUGUCUUAACCCUGAAUUACACAUUACGACUUUCGUAGUCCAGCAUCGUAGUGGAGUCGUACGCUGAUUUACACUCUACGACUCAAGUUGAAGAGGUGUCGCAUACAACUAAAUCGUUCUGUCUAAAUCAGCCUUUAGAUUAUAUGUAGCGACAUAUACUUGCUAUAGCAAGCCAUCAUUUCUAUUAACGUCUUAACCAGGACACAAUUUGCAAACUUUUGAAUUUGGCCUUCACGAUUGAAAAUUUUGCCCGAGUCGGCGCAAUCUUUCAGCUAAAGUACCAUUUUGAAUUCAAAGGAACUUUGCUAGAUACGAUAUUAUUGAGGCAUGUUCAUUAAACCUAAGUUUCUAGUACUCUGAGCGCGAUUGCGAGAGUUUCUUUUUACUAGGAGGUUUAUUCGCUUUUAAAAAUGUGGGAACUCUUAACUAAAAGCAUCCAUCUAGUGAUGAUUAGGAGGCGUUACAAAAGGUGUUUUAGUCGCAGAAACCAGCCGCUAUCUUGAAUUGGUCGCUUGAGUAGAGAACGGUCACUGAAAAGCAAAAUGGCGACAGUGAGGAGAUUAACCGCUAGAUAUUCGGGGAACAUGACCGCAAACGGGUUUAUAAAUGCAUCAAAGCUGUGAGUUCUCUUUUUUUCUACUGUAUUAUUGAAGAGAAGAAUCCAAAUCAAAAGGACUUAAUUCAAAUCAACCAAACAUAUUUUAUUCAAAUUAUUUUUAACUAACUCUUAGAAAGAUGAUUAACAUAUGAAUAAAGGUGGAUGUAUUAUAUUUCUGAUUAAGAAAUUUAAGAGAAUAAAAAAACUUUCAAAUCA